AUAAAAAUAAAUUCAAUAAUCAAUAGGACAUUGUUGUUAGGAUUUAUUGUCAGUGAUUUACACAAAUUUGACUUAUUAAUGUAGCCUUUGUGAGUGUUUAAGCCGUAAGGAUGGCGGUAAGAACCAAGGAUUAACGAUGGAUUAACGCUUCGUUAGUGACCUAUAUUUAUUUCGGGGUUUUGGCAAAUACACAGUCGGAUUAGUCACUCUUGUUUUCGAUAUCUAAUUUAUAGGCAUUGAUUAACCACAUUGUCAUGGAAUUAGAAAAAGUAUCCAUAAAGAUGGAACUGAAAGAAACCUGUAUGAAGACUGAACCUAAAGAAUUGUCUGUAAAUAAAAAUCCUGGCAUAGUUACUGUGAAAGAGGAGCCUUGCGAGGACAGUACAAAUGUUGGUACGAGUCACACAAAUGCAUGGAGCAGUUCUUGCGCAACACAAGAGACUAAUGCAUGUUUGGCAGAGUCUGGAGUGUUAAAGGAAGAGCCGUUUAACAUAGACCGUAUGAGUAAAGCAUGGGCCAAUCCUCAAGUCAAGGAGGAUAGGGAAGUGUUUGUAACCAAGCCCGGAAUUGUGAAGGAGCCCUUUAGCGAUGACAGUACUCCAUCUACAAGCCAGGCAGUCACAGCGGCCAACCCUUAUACCUAUGAAGUGAAAGAAACAGUGUAUGUAACAGAGCCCAAAGUAAAGUUAGAGCCAGUGUGUAAUGAGAAUACUCACCCUUCUACAAGUCAGGCCCCAUGGGCCAAUGCUUCCCAUAAAGUCAAGGUAGAGGCAGAAUUUCUAACAGAGCCUGGUCUAGUUGUGAAAAAGGAGAUAGAAGAUGGUGAAAAUAUGUGUGCAAGUGAGACAACUGCAUUGGAUAAGCUUUAUGAGAAACAUGAGAUUAAGGAGGAGCUUGUGCUGGGUCCUGUAUCAAUUCACAGGCCGUAUGCUGCCUCUAAACUAAGAGAGAUGCAAACCAAAGCAGAGGAAAUGGUGCCGGAUGGGAACUGCCCUGACAAGCCAGAUUUACUUGAAAUAGAGCAUAGCCUUCAAAACUACAUGUGCCCUCAAUGUGACUACACAACAGAUGACAUGAAGAGUUUGAGGACACAUGUAAACACUUUACACACUACAACACUACUCCACAACUGCAAUCUCUGCAGUUACUCUACUCCUAAUAAAAUAUAUUUAAAACGUCAUCAAAACGUACACACCCGUGAAAAGAGUUUUAAGUGUAGUUAUUGUGAUUUUUCGUGUCUAAGAAAAUCAGAUGUAAAAAAGCACGAGACGAUUCACACUGGAGAGAAACCCUUCAGAUGUAGCAAUUGCGAUUAUCAGUGCAAUCGGAAAGGAAGCUUACUAAUCCAUGAGAGGGCACACACUGGGAAUAAGCCUUAUCAGUGCAGUGGAUGUGAUUACAAAUGUACCCGAAAAGAUAGCUUACAAAGACACCAGGUACUACACGCCAGUGAAAAACCUUUUGAAUGUAAACUCUGUGAUUUCAAGUCCUAUCAUAAAGCAAGCCUGCGAAUCCACCAAAGGAUACACACUGGAGAGAAGAGAUUUGCAUGUAGCUACUGCGAUUUUAUUUCCAGGCAUAGAUACUCUCUACAGACUCAUGAGAUGAUACACACUGGGCAGAAACCAUUCGAGUGCAAGAACUGCGACUACAAGUGCAGGCGGAAAUCAGAUUUGCGAAAACACCAGACGACACAUUCGGAUGACAAGCCUUUCAAAUGCACCAAAUGUGAUUACGCGUGCCGCCAAAAAUCAGACUUACUCAAGCACCAGAAGAGAUACUCUGGGAGCAAAUUGUUUCAAUGUAACUACAAGUGUGGUCGUAAUGUUGAUUUACGAAAACAUCAAACUUUACACACGGAAGCGCAGCUGUUAAAAUGUGAUCAUUGUAAUUACGAAACUCUGCAUAAAUACGCUUUACAAAGACACCUAAAUACAUUGCACAUGAAUAAAAGUCCUCUUUAAUAAUCUUUAGUUGAUGAUGUAAGUAAUUAUUCGUGCACUGGAACAACUCUUCCAAAAUACCGAAUUAUAUUGUUACUUUGUACAAACCGAAUUUCAAUUAAUUUGACACAAUCAGUAAUAAAAGCUUAUAUUAAAAUUAUCAUGCUGAUAGUAAGUUUUAUAAUAACAUUAUUUAUUUAUUGUUAGGGUUUAA